AUGCGUAUGUUUAUUAUCCCUUGCUGUCUGGCCCUGCUGGUGGCUCUGGCCACUGCUGAGGAUCAAGCCGCAGCCCCCGAGAGAAGCGAAGAAGCUGAGCCAAAGGAAUCUCAACGUUUGGAGAAGCGUGGUGUGCCGGUGGGUGAGUGGCAUCAGCUGUCCCAGGGCUAUGCCGAUCAGCAUCAGUACCAGCAGUAUCAGCAGCAGCAGUAUCACGAGCAGCAACCGCAGCUCCAGUACCAUCAGCAGCCGCAGCAGCAGCACCAUCAUCACCAGAAGUACGUAAAGUACGAGGAACCGAUCAAGACGAUCACGAUCGAGAAGAAGUAUCCGGUGCCGUACACCGUGCACAAGCACAUCCCGUACACCGUGGAGAAGAAGGUCCCGUACGAGGUGAAGGUGGCGAUCCCGAAGCCUUACCUGGUGGAGAAGAAGGUUCCGGUGCACAUCAAGGAGUACGUCAAGUAUGCCGUCCACGUGCCAGAGCCUUACACCGUCUACAAGAAGAUCCCGUAUGAGGUGAAGGUCCCGGUCGAUAAGCCGUACGAGGUGAAGGUGCACGUUCCGAAGCCGUACAUCGUGGAGAAGAAGGUGCCGUACGAGGUGAAGGUUCCGGUUCCGGUGCCAGUGACGGUGGAGAAGAAGGUCCCGUAUGAGGUCAAGUAUGAGGUGGCCGUCCCGAAACCGUACACCGUCUACAAGAAGGUCCCGUUCGAGGUGAAGGUCCCCGUCGAUAAGCCGUACAAGGUGGAAGUUCCUCGUCCCGUUAAGGUGGAAGUCCUGAAGCCGUACCCGGUGGUGGUGGAGAAGAAGAUCCCGUACGAAGUGAAGGUUCCGGUGGACAAACCUUACGAAGUGGAAGUACCACGCCCGGUCAAGGUUGCCGUUAAGGUCCCUGUCCCAGUGCCGUACACCGUCGAGAAGAAGUUCCCGUACACCGUGGAGAAGGCUGUGCCGUAUGAGGUCAAGGUUCCGGUCGAUCGUCCCGUUCCAGUGUACAAAGAGGUCAAGUUUGCCGUCACCAAGGAAGUCCCAGUGCCAGUGAAGGAGAAGGUGAUCAUUCCAGUGCCAGUGAAGAGCGAGAAGAAGCCGGAAGCUGAGUAUCAUCAUCAUCAGGAAGAGGAGCACCACCAACAGCAGCAGCAGCAGCAGCAGGAGCACUUUUACCAUCAUGACCAACCUCAGGCCCUAGCCUUCCACCAGGAGCAGCCAGCGGAGUCGUACCAUCAUCAGGAAACUCAGGAACAUCAGCAUCAGCUCCAGCAGCAGCAUCAGCAGCAGCAGCAACAGCUGCAGCACCAGCACCAGCAGCAUCAGCAGCAACUGGAGCAGCAGUAUCAUCAGUACCAGCAGCACCAGCAGCAGAUCUACCAGGCUCACCAGCAGCAGCAGUAUCAGCAGCAGGAGCAACACCACCAUCAGCAGCACUACGAGCACUCGCACUAA